AUGGGCGCUGAGCAGAGAGCUCCUAUCAAGGAGCAGCUGGGCGACCAGCUCCCCAAGCGCUUUAGAGCCCUCCAGUUCGGAGUCCAGUCACACCAGGAUAUAGUAAAUCAGGGUGUCCUCGAAGUCUCCGACAACCUCCUCUACGAUGUCGAAAACGGUCGCCGCACUUUCCCCCACGGCCCUCUCGAUCCCCGCCUCGGUACCUCGAGCAAGACGGGCACCUGCGAGACCUGCAACCUCCCUCUCCAGUCCUGCGCCGGUCACUUCGGUCACGUCCGCCUACCGCUUCCCGUCUUCCACAUCGGCUAUCUCAAGUACAUCCAAGCCACACUCCAGAACAUCUGCAAGACCUGCUCAAAGGUUCUGCUCGAAGAGGAACCCAAGGCCAAGUUCCUCAAGGCUCUCCGUGCCCCUGGUAUCGAUAACCUCAAGCGAUCAGCCAUCCUCAAAAAGAUCAACGAUGAGUGCCGCAAGCAGAAGACGUGCCCCUACUGCCACGACACCCAGGGCGUUAUCCGCAAGUUGAGCGUCAUGAAGCUCACCCACGACAAGUUCUCCCACUUCAACAAGUCGACUGCCCAGAAAAAGGUUCCGCCUGUUGCCAAGGCCGCCUUCGAUUCCUCCUUCAUCCAGGCCAAGACAUUCACUCCGGACCUCGAGAAGCACUCCAAGAAAGCUAUGGACGACAUGGACCCUCUCAAAGUCUUGAAAUUGUUCAAGAAGAUUACUGCCGAAGACUGCGAGUUGCUCGGAUUGAACCCUUCCGAGGGCAGACCAGAGAUGUUCUUGUGGCAAUAUCUUCCCGCUCCUCCCAUCUGUAUUCGCCCGUCGGUCCAGCAAGAAGCCGCCAGCAACGAAGACGACAUCACAAGUAAGCUGUCCGAAAUAAUUCUCUACGCCGGCCAUUUGCGCGAAUCGCUCCUCAAGGGCGCCGCCCUCAACACCAUCAUGGAACAGUGGGAGUUCAUCCAGCUUCAGGUUGGUAUGUACGUCGCCGUUCCUGAGCGUGUGGCCAAAAACCUUACAUACCCCGAGCGUGUGAACCGCAACAACAUCGAAAAGUUGCGAAAAUGCGUCAUGAACGGACCCAAAGUCUGGCCUGGUGCUCAGGGUGUCAUCAAAAGGGACGGCGGCAUGAAGUUCAACCUAAACUUCGGUGACGAGUCCAUCCGGGAGGAACGCGCGCGGGAACUCAAGUUUGGCGACGUUGUUGAGAGACAUUUGGAGGAUGGCGACAUUGUGCUAUUCAACCGUCAGCCCUCGCUACACAAGUUGUCUAUCAUGAGCCAUCGUGCAAAGGUUAGACCCUGGAGGACGUUCCGUCUCAACGAAUGUGUGUGCACACCCUACAACGCCGAUUUCGAUGGAGACGAAAUGAACCUUCAUCUUCCGCAAACAGAAGAGGCUCGCGCCGAAGCCAUCAACCUUAUGGGUGUACAAAACAACUUGAUUACCCCGAAGAACGGUGAACCCAUCAUCGCCGCCACGCAGGAUUUCAUUACUGCGGCAUACCUGCUGAGUAGCAAAGAUUUGUUCCUCGACCGCAAGACCUUCACCUACAUCUGCACGCAAAUGUUGCUGGGUGAAACCCAUCUCGAUCUUCCCCCGCCCACCAUCAUCAAGCCUGUCGAGAUGUGGACGGGUAAGCAGAUUUUCAACGUUCUGAUGCGCCCCAACAAGCAAUCACCGGUCCUGGUCAACCUUGAGGCCAAGAACAAGGUUUACAAGGCGAAGCCUGGUGAGCUUCCGGAUAUGGACAUUGACGAUUGCUACCUGGUUGUUCGCAACUCCGAGGUCAUGUGCGGAAGAAUGGACAAGUCGACCGUUGGUGGUGGCAAGAAGAACUCGGUCUUUUACGUUAUCCUCCGUGAUUGGGGCCCGGAGCACGCUGCUCAGGCCAUGAACCGCCUGGCCAAGUUGUGUGCUCGUACACUAACCCUCCGCGGUUUCUCGAUUGGUGUUGGCGACGUUUAUCCGUCCAAGGAUUUGACCGAGCACAAGGCCAAGCUGGUUCAGGAUGCGUAUGCACUCUGCGACGACCUCAUCGCACAGUUCAAGAGCGGAAGGCUUGAAAAGGCUCCCGGUUGCAACAUGGAGGAGACGCUCGAGAACAAGAUCUCUGGUAUUCUCAGUAAAGUCCGUUCGCAGGCCGGUGACUACUGUGUCGGCCAUUUAAGUCGCAACAACUCUCCCUUGAUCAUGGCCAAGUCCGGUUCCAAGGGUUCCGACAUCAACGUCGCCCAGAUGGUUGCCCUUGUCGGACAGCAGAUUAUUGGUGGCAAGCGUGUCGCGGAUGGUUUCCAGGAUCGUACGCUCUUCCACUUCCACAAGAACGCUCGCCAGCCGCCCAGCAAGGGUUUUGUGCGCAACAGUUUCUACACUGGUCUGGUGCCCACCGAGUUCCUUUUCCACGCCAUCUCUGGUAGAGAAGGUCUAGUCGAUACCGCCGUCAAGACAGCCGAGACGGGUUACAUGUCUCGUCGUCUCAUGAAGUCGUUGGAAGAUCUCUCAACUCAGUACGAUGAUACCGUGCGGACAUCCGAAGGAAACAUUGUGCAGUUCCAGUACGGUGCCGACAGACUGGAUCCCGCAGACAUGGAGGGUAAUGCCAAGCCUGUCGAUUUCGAGAGGUCGUGGAAUCAUGCCGAAAGCCUGACCAUGAACCACAGUGACAGGUCGCUGCUUCCGGCAGAGAUCUCGGCCAUGUGCAGGGAGAUUCUGGACGAAAGGCGAAAAUGGUAUGUGCGCAAGCACCUUGUCACGGGCGAGUUGCUGCAUUACGAGGACAAGACCAUUGCGGAAAGUGACGAUCAUGAUGUUUUCAUUGCGAUCGAUGAGCAUGAGGGUGCCAGAGUCUAUCUCAACACUAUUCAGGCUGAGAUGGACAAGCGUGCGCUCAAGCUGGCAAAAGCACGCAGGCUCGCCGGCUUGGAUCCUUGUCUGCCCCAGGACAACGCGGACUUGCUGAAGGAAUUCGCUGCAUGGGAGAAGAAGCAGAAUGGCGGUGAUAUCAAGAUGUUGGAUCCGGAAGAGGAGGAAAUCCAGCAAGCCCAUGUGGAUCGCGUCGCCAAGGUUUCGGAGGCUACCCUGAGAAAAUUCAUGAACCUCUGUCUUUCCAAGUUCGACAAGGCAAAGGUGGAGCCUGGUCACGCCGUCGGCGCUGUCGGUGCGCAGUCUAUCGGUGAACCCGGUACUCAGAUGACACUUAAGACUUUCCAUUUCGCCGGUGUCGCCGGUAUGAGUAUCACUCAGGGUGUUCCCCGUAUCAAGGAAAUUAUUGGUGCCUCGAAACUCAUCAGCACGCCCGUCAUCAGCUGCGAGCUCGAGAACAACCAAGACAUCAAGGCCGCGCGUAUCGUCAAGGGCAAGAUCGAAAAGACUUAUAUUUCCGAUGUCAUCACCUAUGUGGAAGAUGUCUGGCUUCCGGAUGUCGCCAAGAUUGUCCUCAAGAUCGAUAUGCAGGCUCUUUCGGACAUGCAGCUCGGCAUCGGUCUUCGCGAGAUUAUGGUCGCCAUCGUCAAGGCCAAGAAGCUCAAGCUCAAGGUGGAGAUGGAUGAUCUCAAGAUCGGUCCCGACAACACCAUCGAGGUCAUUGUGAACAACGACUGGAAGGAUCUGACCGCCCAAAAGAAAGCGGCAAGAGUUCGUGCCGCAGCGAUCGAGAAGGGCCAAUUGCUUCUCACCACCUCAGAUGAGACCGCCGCCGACUUCCAGCUACGCGUCAACUUCCUCAAGCGCAUGCUUCCCGCGGUGCCCAUCUCCGGCUACCCCGAGGCGUUCCGUGCCAUCAUCCAAUCCAGCGAGUCCAAUGAGCACAAGGUCCUCGUUGAAGGUUACGGCCUGCGCGCCUGCAUGACCACGGAGGGCGUCAUCGGCACCAAGUGCAUUUCCAACUCCAUCAUGGAGUGCCGCGACGUUUUGGGCAUCGAAGCCGCCCGCACCACCAUCGCCAAGGAAAUCGGCAGCGUCAUGGGCGACAUGGGCAUCGAUCCCCGUCACAUGGACCUGCUGGCCGACGUCAUGACCUACAAGGGCGAGAUUCUCGGUAUCACGCGCCACGGUCUCGCCAAGAUGCGCGACAGUGUGCUGCAGCUUGCCUCGUUCGAGCGCACGCCCGAUCACUUGUUCGAUGCGGCGGCGGGCAUGAAGACGGAUCGCAUCCUCGGUGUGUCGGAGUGUAUCAUCAUGGGCCAAACCAUGAAGAUCGGUACCGGCGCGUUCCAGGUCGUCAGACGGUUGGGCAUCAGGGAUCACCAGGUCAAACCCAAAAAGUCCAUGUUCGAGGAGGUGUGGAAGAAGGAUGAGGUCGAAAAGAGGAGGGCAAAGAUGGAGAUGAGGAAGACUGCUGCGGCUGCGGCUGCGUCUACCGGGCGUGGGGGAAAGAUUGAUGGUAUGAUGCCGGCGGCGCCCAUGGUGGCUGUUGCCUAA